AUGCUCGUGGUUGUUCAUAGUGUUAAAGUUGCAAAUCACGUCGAAGAAGAUCCCGAGAUGACAUUAUUUGCUAAAGGUCUAGAGAAAAGAUCUACUUCCAAUGUUAGGCCUCCUCCUGGUCACCUUGACGAGUCUAAAUCUACAACUGCUUAUGCUUUAAAAAGACUUAAUUUUAUUAGCAAGGCUGAUGAUGGUAUAGGAUAG